CCAGCCCUCAUCUCGGGUGAGCACCUGCGGAUCUGCCCCCAGGACUACACCUGCUGCUCCAGCCAGAUGGAGGAGCAGCUCAGCCUGCAGAGCAACAGGGACUUCCGGGCCCUGGUGGAGGACGGGGCCAGUUUCCUGCCCAGCACCCUGGCCUCCCGCCACCGCCGCUUCGAGGAGUUUUUCCGGGAGCUGCUGGCGGCAGCCGAGCGGGGGCUGCAGGCUAUGUUCACGCAGACCUACGGCCGCCUGUACGCCCAGAACGCCCGGCUCUUCCAGGGGCUCUUCGCCGAGCUGCGGCGGCACCAGCAGGGCGCCCGGCUCAGCCUGGACGAGGCGCUGGGCGAGUUCUGGGCUCGGCUACUGGAGCGGAUGCUGCCCCUGCUCAACCCCCAGUACCAGUUCCCCCCCGAGUACAUGGAGUGCGUGGCGCGCCAGGGGGAGGCGCUGCGGCCCUUCGGGGAUGUGCCUCGCAAGCUGCGCCUGCAGGUGACGCGGGCGUUCGUGGCAGCUCGGGCCUUCGUGCAGGGACUGGCCACCGGGCGUGAUGUGGUCGCCAAGGCCUCCAAACUGCCCCCCAGCGGGGAGUGCCUGCGGGCCGCCAUGCGCAUGUCCUCCUGCCCCCUGUGCCGCGGGACCCCGGCCCUCAAACCCUGCAACGCCUUCUGCCUCAACGUCAUGAAGGGCUGCCUGGCCCGCCCGGCCGAGCUGGACCCCGAGUGGAACCGCUUCCUCGAUGCUCUGAUCCAGGUGGCCGAGCGGCUGGAGGGGCCCUUCAAUGUGGAGCUGGCGGCCGACUCCAUCGGGGUGAAGAUCUCGGAGGGGAUCAUGUACCUGCAGGAGAACGGGGUGCAGACCUCGGCCAAGGUGUUUCAGGGCUGCGGGACCCCCCGCCCGGCGCCCGCCCGAUCCCGCCGCGCCGCCCGGGAUGAGACCAAGCGUCGCUUCCGCACCUACCCGCCCGAGGAGAAGCCCACCACGGCUGCGGGGACCAACCUGGACCGACUGGUGACGGACGUGAAGGAGAAGCUGCGGCUGAUGCGGGGGUUCUGGGUCACCCUGCCCCACACGCUCUGCAGCGACGGGAAGGUGGCGGCUGACGUGACGGACGAGGACAAGUGCUGGAACGGGCAGGCCCGGGGCAGGUACCUCCCGGACGUGACUGGGGACGGGCUGGUGAAUCAGAUCAAUAACCCGGAGGUGGAGGUGGACAUCGGGCGGCCCGACCUGCUCACCCGCCAGCACAUCCUGCAGCUGCGGGUGGCCACCAGCCGCCUGCAGGGGGCCUACGGGGGCCGGGACCUCGACUUCCAGGACACCUACGAGGAUGGCAGUGGCUCGGGAGGGGGCGAGCGGUACAGCGAGGACUGGCCGGGUGGAGGGGGCGGUGACAGCAGCCACUCGGGGUCCCGCCCCCCCGACUCCCGUUCGCACCGCAAGGACCGGCCCGGCAAGGGCUCCAGGCAGAACCACCGCGUGGGGGGCAGCAGCAACCGUGCCGCCUCCUGGGGGGGCCCUGCCCUCCCCCUCCUGCUGCUCCCCGCCCUGGCACUGCCCCUGCUGGGGCGGUAA